UCACUUUUCAUUUUAAUUAUAUAUUUUGUCCAAGUGUAGUGUUACUAUGCCGAAACGUAACAUACAAUAUUACGAAAGAAAAAUUGAAAAAUUGAGAGCAAAAACAAAGAAACGUCGGAGAAUGGUAUUGUCUUCAUCGUCAGAUUCCGAAGAAAAUGAAGAUAACGGAACUGUGAACGAGGAUAUAUCAGUACCUAUUCCUAACAUAGUAACCGAGAUAGAAUCGAUACAGACUGCUUCGAAUGAAGAUGUUUCAAAUGAGACGCAACUCGACCCCGACGUAUUGUCAGCAUUAGGAGAUGCCGUUGAAGAAACGCCUGUAUAUGGGCAAAAUAUACAUAACAGUUUGGCAGAGCGUUGGAUGCCCAUAUUACGCAAAGGUUUGUUAGAAGAUACCAAAACCAAAUUAUUUAAGGAAUAUCCCAUCCCAGCCAAUUGUAAACUGCUAAAAGCUCCUACCCUCAAUUCAGAAAUUUCAGCGGCGGUGGCAGAGGUAGUGAGAAACCGUGAUAAAAGUAUCCUAAUGAAACAAGAUCAAUUAGGCUAUGGAAUUACCGCCGUGAAUAGAGGUAUUUCAUUACUGCUCUCUGGUGAUGACAAAAUACAAGCUAUCAAGGUCUUAUCUGAUGGAUGCAGGAUUUUAACAGACUUACACUCUUUGGAGACUAAACUGAGAGUCAAACUUAUCACUCCUUGUCUGGAUAAAUCGUUUCUAUUUAUUAUAGAAAAAGAAGAUAGGGACGAGACCCUUUUUGGUGUAAGCCUCCCGGAGAAAAUGAAGGCAUCCAAGGCUAUCGAAAAGCAGGGUCAUCAAAUAAAGAAAACAAUAGGGACUAAACUAUCCGCAUCAACAUCAGUUCCAUCUACUUCCAGAGGUCGUUACCAGGAAAACUGGACAGGCCCUCCUCGUUAUCCCUCGUCGAUCAGGGGGGGGCGCGGAGGGCUUCAACAAUCGUCACGCAUGCAAUACCGUCGCACGGCAACCAACUUGAAACCAAUUCAGUCGCGACGUGCACCAUCCAACAACAGGCCUGCCCCACGUCAGUGAUUCAGAAACCGGCAUUCCAAGUUCCUUACCCUGGCUGUAGCCAAGCUCUCCGGGAAGCAUUUGUCAAACGAGACGUACCCACGGCCUCAUUAGAUUUAAUAAUGGCCUCUUUGGCUAAAAAUACUUUAUUACAAUAUGGUGUUACGUAUAAAAUCUGGUGGGAAUAUUGUUUUACUAACCAUAAAGAUCCUUAUGUGUACUCAAUGUCAUCGGUUAUCUCUUUUUUGACAGACCAAUUUAAUCGUGGUGCUGCUUAUGGUACGUUAAAUAGUCAUCGCUCUGCGCUUAGUUUGCUUUUUGGGAAUGAUCUUGGUGUUGAAGAAAGGAUAAAGAGAUUACUUAAAGGGGUAUUUAAGUUAAGGCCAGCUGUACCAAAAUAUACAUUUACUUGGGAUCCCCAAUUAGUGAUAAAUCAUGUUUCAAAUUGGAUCCCAAAUAGAGAAUUAACCCUUGAUAAAUUAGCAAAAAAAAUGGUGAUCCU